UCUGACUAAAGCCGGCAAAAUCUUCCCCAAGAUAUGCAUAUAUCCCUUUGGAGCGCUGUACUACUUUUGGCACUGGGCGUUGGACCGUCCAGCCAACGGGGAGUCAACUAUGAAAAAACUAGUCAACUAAGUCACUUUAAAGGAGUGAUUGCCCCCACCGAUACGCAGUGUUUUAACUUCUUCAUUGAAAAGAAAACUCAACUUCCCUUAACGGUUCCUGUUGUUACCAAUCUGCCUCUGAGUGCCAUCAAAGCCACCGCGUGGGAGUUUAACAAAGUUGGCUUCACCAUGGACGUGCAAGUGGGAGGUUUGGGAGCCACGACGACGGUCCUAAAGUUCCACGGCUCAGAAAAGACCAGGUACGCCAUAGAGGUGGAGUGUUACUGUACUGCUGCUGCGGCGCCACCAGCUCUUGCACCUGCACCGGCACUGGUGGUUCCAGCUCCAGAGCCAGUGCCACCUCCGGUGGCUGUACCUUGA